CCCCACCAACCACAUUUGACGUCCCCCGAGCGCCUCAACACCACGCCCACCACGCAAGACCCUAUCACCAUUGCAACCGCCACCAUGGCCGAGAACGACUCCUUCCUGCAUCUGGCGCGCCCGCUCGGCCCCGCCUCCAUGGGCGCCCAGCCGUCGACUGCCCCGCUGAACGUCGCUAUCCAGCCCCAGGCCGUCUUCUCCAUCCUCGAUCACUCCCUCCGCCGCCCCGCCGAGCAAGAACGUGUUAUCGGCACCCUCCUCGGUACCCGUAGCGAAGACGGCACCGAGAUCGAGAUCCGCAACUGCUAUGCCGUCCCCCACACCGAGACGGCCGAGCAGGUUGAGGUCGACAUGGACUACCAGAAGCAGAUGCUCGCCCUGCACCUGCGCGCCAACCCCCGCGAAGUCCUCGUCGGCUGGUACGCCACCAGCAGCGACCUCAACACCUUCUCCGCCCUCAUCCAGAACUUCUACAGCCAGCAAGGCGACGGCACAUGGCCACACCCCGCCGUCCAUCUGACUGUCUCGACAGUCCCCGGCCAGGAGAUUGAGUCCAAGACAUACAUCUCCGCGCCCAUUGGUGUCACCGCCGAGCGCGCCGCCGACUCAUGCCUCUUCAUUCCAGUGCCCCACGAGAUCAAGUACGGCGAGGCUGAGAGGUCAGGACUGGAGCUCAUCUCCUCGGCAAAGGACCGCGAGGACCGAUCACAGGAGGUCAUGACCGACCUCGACUCGCUGGAGACCGCCAUCACACACGUCCUGGACAUGCUUGAGCGCGUCUCCAACUACGUUAACAACGUGCUGGACGAAGAGGCCGAGCCAUCUUCUGCGCUUGGUCAGUUCCUGAUGAACGCACUCAGCCUGGCACCCAAGGUCGAACCCGCCGACAUUGAGCGCGACUUCAACGCACACAUCCAAGACGUCCUCGUCGUAUCAUACCUCGCCAACACCAUUCGCACACAAAUCGAUCUCUCGAACCGUCUCGCAACCGCCGCGCUCACCAUGGGCGGUGGCGACCCUCUCGCUGGCGAUGGCAAGAAGGACGGCGACAACAGGGGCAAGGGCGGCGACCGACGAGGUGGCGGCAAGGGUAGGCAACAAAGGGAACAGGAGGCAUGAAUAGGAUGAAAAGGCACAC